AGUUUUAAAAAACGUAACGGCUCGUUGGCUUUAAAAUUGAAAUCAAAAACAUUGAAUUUUUUAAAUUCCUAUAUUAAAGCAUCCUUUGACUUAUUGAUUGUGGCUUCCAUUUAAUUAACAAAGUUUAGUAAAAAAAUAUAUCUAUUCUACAUAUUAACGUAUUAAUUACAGUCCAUGUGGUUAAACCUGUACAUUUUUAAAAGCCUCUUAAUAAAGUAGGUAUGGAUAUAUCUGAUUUAUUCAAAAGCUGCUUCGAAAGGGAAAAACUAGGACAGAGAGUAGUAGACCCUAUCAAAUUAGCUAUUGACCGAAGGCAAAUUAAAAUAAACGAACGCAAAAACAAGAGAGACAAUUUGUUAACUGUAAUGAGGAACAUAAAAGUGGAUAUGAGUCCCAUUGUUGACUCCUUAGUUAAUGGAAGGCCCAGAGAUAGAGGUUCCAAAAGGAAUUUAGAUCCAAAAUUUGCGAGUUCAACUCCAAAUGUUUGCCAGAAAAAUAAACCACAAUCCCAAUCAGUUGUACAAAACAAUGAGGCGGUACAAAGAAGGCUGCAGAGGUUGGCACAGUGGAAGGCUGAGAAGGAGAAAAGGAAGCAAGCUGCAAAGGCAAAAGAGAAGCCUCUGUUUAAAGUUUGCCAUGUAUCUGAUAUGGUACCUUCAACAAAUAAUAUAAGUACCCUUAUUAAGGGAAAAUCUAUUCUCACUGCUGCAAUAAAAAAGAGACAGUUUGCUCCUGAAAAUUGUAAGUUUAAUCCUCCAGCUGGAGUCAAACCAAUUUCCCAAUUUGUAUUCAAGAAGAAUUUAGGGCAAAAUGCAUUAGUUGGAUCAAGCAUUCAGAGGUUUUCAAAUGAUAAUAAAACUGACUCCAUCACUGCACCAAGCACAUCAAGAUUAAGUAAGAAGAAUCAAGUAGAAAAAAAGACACCCCAACGUACAACAGUGGCAAAAACUAUAGAGAAUCGAAAGCCUGUUUCUAUUCCUACAAAUAGGUUAAAGACAGGUCCAAGCCCAUCAACUAGUGUAGUCCUCAAACAUAAUUCGCAUACUGCUACAAGUACAAAAAGCCCUGCAAAAUCUAAACUGGGAGCUGAUCAAAAAAUUUUCCAGAAAAAUGUAGUUACAACUCGAAGCAAAAAAACAGCCAAUACUUUGUCAAGUGCAACUAGUAGUAGUUCCAGUAACAUUUCAACUACUAGUAGGUCAAAAGCAGGCCCAAGCCCAUCAAGUACUGGAGUCCUCAAACAUAAUUCGCGUAUUACUUCUAGUGCAAAAAGCCCUUCAAAAUCUAGGCUGAGAGCUGAUCAAAAAAAUUUGCAGAAAAAUAUAGUUACAACUCGAGAGAACAAAACAGCCAAAACCUUAUUAAGUGCGAGUAGUAGUAGUUCAAGUAACAUUUCAACUACUAGUAGUAAUGUAAUACGGCCAAAUCGUAAUGAGACAAAAACGAAAGAAGAAAAUGCAAAAGUAAAGAAAAAUACCAAUAAUAAUACAGAAAUUGCCCCAGUGAGAAGAAAAGCAGCUGCUUCUCCUAAAAAAGCUAAUGCAAAGAACGAGAUCACGCGCAAGACAAAACCUGGAAAAAUAUUAGUAGAAGUCAACCAACCUGAAGAUGUAAAAUCAAUUAGCAAUAAAAAUGAAGUGAAAUGUGGAGAGAAUGAUGAGCAAGUUAAAACUAUGCCAUUAAGUAAUAAAAAGUCAGACGCAAUAAUGAAAACCCCUCCUGUUCUGAACAAAACUGAGAUCAAUGAAGCCCCAGUUUAUGUUAGUCCCUUUGUUACAAUAUCAAGAGGGAAAAGGGAGGCUCUACAAGAGUUUAAAAUGAGAAGUUCCAUGGGCCCAGACAUCGAUAAAACACCCAACAUUUCAAUAAAACGAAAAAGCAUAAAGGCUAGUCCAAGAGAUUCUAAAGUUUUUACUGCCCACACAAGUCCUAAGGCUGGUGCAGAUUAUUUCAUGACCCAACUGAAUAAUGAAAUUGAUAGGAUCAACCAAAUGUGCGCGAAAUGGGAGGCUUAUCUAGACGAUCCAGAACUACCAGAGGAAGCCACUACUUCCAUAAACGUCACCGUUGGCCACUCGCAACUUCUAAUUUCGAAGAAGUUUAAUCAAUUCAGGCAGCUCAUAAUUCAAUGUAAAACACAACAGUAUGAUGAGAAAGAAAUUACUUGUGAAGACUUGCAUGGAUUUUGGGAUAUGGUCUAUAUGCAGGUUGAAGAUUUGGAUAAGCGAUUCGGAAAUCUGGACCGGUUAAAAGAAAAUAAUUGGGAGGAGAUGUUGCCGCAAAAGAAAGCCCCGGUUAGAAAAACGAAGAAUGUUCGGGGACCCGCGAAGAAAACCACCACAAAUUCGAAGUUAAGAGACAUGAUCAAGGCAGCGAGGGCGAAGAAAAUGGCUGGAAAUGACGGGGAGAUUCAUCAAGAGGACAAAUGUCCGAAAAUGGUGGAAAUCGGUCAAGUUGAGGCGAGGACUCCGUUAAAGGAGCAACAGGUAAUCCAAUUAUCAAGCACAAAGAGCACAAAACGCCAAAGCCUGCGAGCGUCAAUACUAAAAGCGGAAAGUCUAAAGAACCGAUGCAGCACAUCCCCGGGAUUAACGAUGAUGAAACUAUCGCAAUCCAUAAAACAAAACAAUGGUCUCACGCCAUAUAAAAGUAUUUUAAAGCCCGACGGUUGCAAGUCCACCGGCAAGAAAUCAGUUGUGUUCAAAGAUGUCUGUAGUCCGAGCCUAUUACGGCAAACUAGACUUUUCGACGCCGCUGACGAUUUUUUGAAUAGCCCGAAUGAACAAAUACCUUGGCAAGAGGUGAGCAAAACACGCGCGAGAAGAAGUUUAGAAUUUGAGACGGAUGUUGAGAAGGAAAAUACACCAACGUACAGAAGGUCGGCCCGAGUAAGAGCUAGACGCAGUUUAAGUGCAUGUUAAUUUUUGGUUUCAGAAUUUAUUUUGUUGGUCUUGAUUGGUGAAUUUGCUUGUGACGUAUUAUUAAUAAGUUUCCAACUGGAUAUACGUUUUUGGUUAUAUGGGAUGCCAUACGUUUUAAGUGGUGGAAUCCCAAAAAGGGUAAGAGAGAGAUUGGGGGAAAAACUGUGCAUGUUUGUGAUCAAUAAAGUAUUCAUGAUGAAGUUGUUUGUAUAAAGGGAAAAUUGAUUUAAUCAGGAAAAAAUCAUAAAAUUUAGCAAUUGAUAAACCAAACUUUUGACUCGAUUAUUAUUAUUUUCGAUACUAAACUCGUAAAUAGCGAUCAUAGAUUAUAUGCUUUCGUUAUAUGGCAUAACUGUCAAGCUCCUUAAAUUAGUAAGGAGCUGUGUUAUAAUUUACGAAGUAUUGACUUUUCCAAUAUAAUUUUUACUUAUUAAUGAUGAGCUGCCAUUUAUUUUAGGUAAUGUUUAAUUUUUUUGGAUCUUGAAAGUUUCAACUGUUUGAACAUCUUCUAUUAUAUAUUCAAUAUUUCAUGUUUUAUUUUUAUGGUUAUUAUUAUUAGUGCAUUCUAUUUAUGUAUAUUUAAUAUUUUGUUUAUUAGAGAAAUAAAAAUCAAUAUUUUAGA